AUGACGACUCUAGGGACCGGCAACGACAUAAUUGUGGGAGGAACUCACUCACUUGGUAGCCUAGAUAUGCAAAAAUGUGUUGCAACUGGUUUUGACCACAGUGGAAAUUUAUCGUUUGUGGACUCUGUGGCCAAGACUUUGGUGUUGGGAACCACAGAUGGGACUGUGGAGCUCUUUGAUACCGCCAGCAACUCCAGCGUAAAAUCUUUUCCUGCUCAUUCUGGCUUGUUAAGCGAUAUGGCGGUGCAGGGAAACUACAUAGCAACAUGCGGUUAUUCGGCCCGCCGACGAUACGACCACAAGAAUUCUUCGGCCGCAGGCGGCACCUCGUACAUCACAGAUCCGCUCGUGCAUCUUAUCGAUACUCGCAUGAUGAAAUCGCUUUCACCCAUUCCUUUUCCCAAUGGGGCCUCGUUCGUCCGCUUCCAUCCUAAGCUCCCCAAUAUAGUCAUAGUGGCCUCCAGCACCGGCGUGCUUGAGUUUGUCGAUAUAUUUGACCAGCUGAAAUUGAAUGUGUAUCAAGUGAACAUGUCGCCGGCAUCGCCAGGAAUCUCGCGAAUGGAAAUUAGCGACAAUGGAGAAUAUAUUUGCUGCAGCGAGGGCCGUCUGCUUCAUCUUUGGUCGUUUACCAGCGAUACCAACUUUGUCAACUUUCCUGCACCGCUCGAAGAGCAAGAUAUACCAGCACCACUUCCGCCGCCUUUUGAGGUCGACGAUCCCGUCCCUUUGUCUUCGGUAGGAAUGCCCUACUACAAGGACUACCUCCUCUCCAACUAUGCCACAGACAUGGUCUUCACCAAGGAGCUUCUGAAGGUUCCUGCUGAAGUGGACACUAGCCUCGGUCAUGGUGCAUUUGUACCAUACGACAGAACUGCGCACGGACCACGAAACAUUUCGCAGCCAUACCAAUCUCUACGGGAGCCCCCAGGAAGCAACAGCAACGCUCCCAGAUUCAUCAGUGAACGGGACGGCGAGUCUAACGAAAAUAUGAUCCACGCUGAAAAUUCCAUCUUCCAUCUCAAAUCCCCCACCUCGGUGCCACAUUGCUACUCACGGCUCCAGAUCCAGUACUCCAAGUUCGGGGUGGAUGACUUUGAUUUUGACUACUACAACAAGUCGAACGGAGCAUGUAGUGGGCUUGAAAACCACCUCGACAACUCGUACACCAAUGCACUUUUGCAAUUGUACCGUGCUGCUCCGGCAUUUUACAAUUCUGUGGUGGAGUCCUUGCUUCCCGAAUACUUGCCCAAUGGACCCGAAAUCAUCCUGUGGAACCCCCAGGGCCUGUCUUUGCUCAUAGAAUUAGGCUAUCUUUUUGACAUGAUGCACAAAGCCGAGGGCCGCAAUGUCAAAAUCGCCAAUUUUUCCCAGCUAUUAACCCAAAGUGCAAGUGCUGCUUCCGCUGGAGUCAUCAAUACCGACGAAGAGAAAAGUCUUAAUGCCGAUGGUCUUCGGGAAAUCAUUAUUCGAUUCAACCAUUACCUCUUAUCUGAGCUCACCAGCAACCAACGAGAGAGACGCCAUACAAAUUCGGAAAAAAUCGAAGAUAUCAUGGGUAUCAAACUCGAAAUGCAAAUCAAGAGCCAGUGCACUGAAACGGAAACACAUACGGGAUCGCAAUUGAUUUUUGAUUUGACCAGUCCUCCCGAACAGUACUUGAACAAACUAGCAAUGCUUCGUCGAGCGGAAAAAACCGAGAUCACCAUAUUAUCUUAUAUGGACUAUUUCAUGGACCAGUACAAACUGGCGUCGUGCAGAGAAUGUGAAGCACGAGGAAGACCCCAUGCUGUCAAUGCCAGACAGCGGGUUGUUCGUUUACCAAAAGUAUUGCUGAUCAACUUGAGUAUGACCAAUUUUGAGCUCCAACAGAUCCACAAUUGUCGCGGAUGGCUCGUUCCUGAGUUUCAUAUCGGCGAAGAUGAGAGGUUUGUCGACGCUGGAAGGGGUCGCAAGUACGAACUUUUGGGAUACGUUUGUGAAAUAAGUCAUGGUCCGGGUGUAAAGCGCGGAGCCCACAAUCUUGUCUCGUUUGUCAAAAUUAAAGGCCAAUGGUAUCUUUUCAAUGACUUCUUGGUCAUGCCCAUUGCACAAGAAGAAGCACUCAAUCUUUCAUACUCGUGGAAAAAACCCGUGAUUAUAGUUUACAGCGAACCAGGCCAGGAUUUUCUGUACUUUGAAACCUCAACUUUCAAAAAGAUUCAGGACCUCGACACCUCCAUCAUAUACAGAGACCACUUUGUACGAGCCGCCAGAGAGGGCCAUCGCCAAGAGUACAAGCUCCUUACGAAACAAGAGGCACCCGAAAUUGGAACCCUAAUUGCUAUCGAUGCGGAAUUCGUAGUUUCGGAACCUGAGCAGUUGGAGAUACGAUACACUGGUACACGGAAGCUUAUCAAACCCAAAAAGUUGACGUUGGCUCGAGUGUCGGUGCUUCGAGGGAACGGACCAAAUAUAGGUGUCCCAUUUAUCGACGACUAUAUUGUAUGGACCGGCCACAUUGAAGACUAUCUAACCAGCUUUUCUGGCAUAGAACCUGGCGAUCUUGAUCCUGAAGUGUCUAAGAAAGCAUUAGUGACGCUUCAAACCGUUUACCGCAAAUUAUGGUUGCUUCUCAAUAUGGGAUGUGUCUUUGUGGGCCACGGUUUACAGAACGACUUCAGAUGCAUCAACUUGGUUGUCCCCAAGACUCAAGUCCGUGAUACGGCCGAUCUCUUUUAUCUUCCCGAGUUUAAGAGGAAGCUUAGUUUGAAGUUUUUGGCGUACGUUUUGCUCAAGGAAAAAGUGCAAACCGGUAACCACGAUUCGGUGGAAGAUGCAUAUACGGCGUUGAUGUUGUUUCAAAAGCACGAGGAGUUGACCCGCACGGGAGAUUUGGAGACCGUACUCUACCAGGUAUACAUGGAGGGACAACAACGAAGGUUCCGAGCUCCAUAG